GCAACAAAAUAAAAAGUGCUAACAAUAAAUGAAAAAAUCAACGCAAACAAGCAACUAAAGCACGUGACUGCAAAUAAACUGCAACCCCUAAAAUCAAAAAAUUUGUGCGAACUUUCCAAACAACAAACCCAAGAACCCAAAUAAAUCAGAAAUAAAUUGACAAACUCAAUCUCAAUUGAAAUAAUUACAGUGAAGCCCACUCAAUUGCUUUCAAUAUCAAUUAUUUGCAAAAUCAGAAACCCAAAUCCGCCCGAAAACGAAAUUAAAAAUUCAUUUAAUUGAAAGCGGCGAGAAAGAAAAAGACUUCACAACGAUCGCCGCACACAAUCUAAACGCCGACGUCAAUGACGAGCAAUUUCCCAAUAAACAAUUUGAAAAUUUCUCAUUGCCGUCGUUGCCCAGACAUAGAAGAAAACGUGAAGACAUGCCGCCCUCUGCGUUCCUAGUUGGUUCCACCAUUUCGACAACAGCAAAGACAGCAGCAGCAGCAGUGACAGCAACGAGUAGCAGUAACAGCAAUAACGGCAUUUGUAACGCACGCAGCACACCAACAAAAUAUACGAUUUUGACGCCAGCAACAACACCGAAACUGCUGUCGCCGAUAAAGAACACAUCGUCGACCUGUUCCUCGCCAUCGCUGUCGCCACAAGCAUUGCAAGCGCGUUACGCGGCGUGUAGCCCCACCAGCGCACACAAAUACAUUAAUAAUAAUAAUAACAACAACAACAACAAUAAUAAUAACAAUUGUCAAACAGUACAAAAUUACAAUUACUUAAGUGCUACGACACAACAACAACAACAGCAACAACAGCAACAGCAACAACAGCUGCAACAGGAUCAGCUGGAGCAGCAAUAUUUGCAAUUGCAGCAGUAUCAGGCACAGCAGCAGUUGAAGCGAUCAACGCCACAAAAAAUGGUGCUGCAAAGCUAUGAAAAUUACACCUCUUACCAUUUGCCUGCCCAUCAUCAGCACGCUGCGCAUGCGUUGACGCAUCAGCUGUCGUUGCCACAGUCGCAUCAGCAACAUCAGGCGCAACAGCAGCAGCAUCAACAACAUGCGCAACAACACCAGCCUCAGUCACAGCAUCAGCAGCAAACGCAUCAAUAUCAACAACAGUCGCCGCAACAUCAACAGCAGCAACAACAACACCUGCAGCAGCAAGGUUUGCAGUCGAUGACGCAGCAUCAUCGCUUGUCGGGCGGCAGCACUGGCAGUGCCUCUGUUAGUUCCUCGUCAUCGUCUGGCGGCGCCUCGACAACCGCUGCAGGCCUCGGUGGCAGCACGUCGGGCUUGAGCACAGCCGCUUCGUCGUUGCUUGACUCACCGAAUCCUACCGCCUCGUCGCUCGGCAUUGGCUACUUCAAUGACAUGGCCACCAAUUAUGUUGGUGACUACUCCUCGCCACAUCAUCCAACCGCGAACUCAUAUUACACCGACAUCGAUGCGAAUUUCUUUAGUCAAGGCUACAGCAGUAAUACGCAUGAUCACAGCAACAACAGCCCGCCCCCGCAAACGCAACAGCAAACGCAGAAUGCUAACAACAAUGGUGGUUCGUUGCUUUCGCAUGCGCAGCAGCAGCAACAACAACAACAGUCGCAACAAAGCAAUCCCGCCGCCAACAGCAAUGCAUCAGGCGUCAACGCCAACCAGUCGACCGGUCCGACGCCCAAUCACAACAACAACAACAGUGCCAAUAUGAAUUACAUGCACGUGGCGUUACGAAACUCGGCCGCUGCGGCCGCACUCUACAGCCAACAUCAGAUGAAAGAGGAACCGGGCACACAGAACACCUCCUCCUAUUCGAGUCUUGGCAGUGGCAGUAGUAACGGCCAAACCGAUCCGGCUGAUCUCUCUGUUUCAUCCGUUUAUGGUUUGCCACCACAUCUGGCAGGUGCUGCCGCUGCGGCAGCUGUGGCUGCAGCCACCGGUGUACAUUACGAUGAUAAUGAUUAUCACAGCACGAUCUCAUCGCAAGAACAUCCGAAUUAUCAGGAUAGCGGCGCCGAUUUCUAUGGACUUGCUGUGGCGAAUAAUGAACAGAAAUACAAUGCCUACGGACGCUCACCAUUCCCCGAUUCCUAUGCCUCGGAGUAUGGUUCGUACGAUCCAACGCGUUUCUCAUCAAUGAGCGGUCAGUCGCCGGCAGAUCAAUGGGGCGUGCAUCAUGCUGGGCAACAUUCGGCCGCGUAUAUGAAUACGAUGAGUUUGGAGAAGGCACUCAUGGGCGCAUAUCCCAUGCAAGGUGGUGUGCCGUGCUUUACCGGCUCUGGGCCGAUACAGUUGUGGCAAUUUCUAUUGGAGCUGCUGAUGGAUAAGACGUGUCAGGGCUUCAUUUCGUGGACUGGCGAUGGCUGGGAGUUCAAGUUGACCGAUCCAGAUGAGGUUGCUCGUCGCUGGGGUAUACGCAAGAAUAAGCCAAAAAUGAACUACGAAAAGCUCAGUCGUGGUCUCCGCUAUUAUUACGACAAGAACAUCAUCCAUAAGACGGCAGGCAAGCGCUACGUCUACAAAUUCGUUUGUGAUCUACAAAACCUGAUUGGCUACACGCCAGAAGAAUUAUGUGCUAAAUAUGACCUCAAGACGGACAAGAAAGAUGAUGAUUAGAUUGCUGUUUGAGGGCUGAACGCCUAGGCGGUAAACUAAAGUUAGCUAUGACUACAGCAACGAGCCCCCAAGCCAACCAACCCCACACUCACACAUACACACCCACUCAAAGUGAACCUAAAGCUGUGCUUUAAUUGCGAGUGCAAACUUGACAAUGCCAAAUGCUAUGAGAUCAUCGAGCUAACCUCAUUAUUGGUUCCAAGUUCGCACAUGUGGGCGUCCGCAAGUGGUGUGUGGUCGGGGGUUGCGGUGCAUGCAUGCGAAUGUGGAUUCUUCCAAAUGUGCUUAAUUUUCGAAAGUACACACACACAUUAUUUACACACACAUACAUACACAUAGAG